UGAUUGAAGCAGCUUUCCCAGUUUGAGAGUCUGCAAGAGCAUAUUCCUGACAGAGAAACAAGAAAGCGAGCGGGAUCUGCAGCACACAUCAGACCUGAGCCCAGCUGACUCCCACCUGUGCACCUCAAACCAGGCAGUUUAAUUUCAGGACAGGUGAGCAAUGCUCUGGAGACUGACUCUCGCCGUGGCUGUGGUGUGUGUCGGCAGCAUGUGCAGCUGUGAGAAUGCUGAUGUGAUGAACAGACUGAUCGUACCGAGGGACUAUGGGGUGAAACUGUGUGGGAGAGAGUUCAUCAGAGCGGUCAUCUUCACCUGUGGUGGCUCCCGGUGGAGACGGUCCACGGAGGGAGACUUGGAUCUGUUCCCGUGGAGUUCCCUUCCUGAUGUUAAAGUGGAGGAGAGCCAGCACACCUGGCAACGUGAUGCAGACCUCGCAGAAAACCACUCUCCUCUCCGCACUGCCUCCUCUUACUCCCUGGCAGACCUCCUGGCUCUUUACGGGUCCACAGGUGACAGACAGCAGCAGCAGCCACCGCUGAGUCUUCCCGCCCCUCUGGGGGACUCCCAUCUGUCCACAGCUGCAGGUGAGCAAGACGGGACCCCGGGUUCAGCUGACUGGAUCCUACCAAGCAAGAAGAAGAGGAACUUUUCACUUGGUGUGGCAGGGAUGUGCUGUAACCAGGGCUGCACCAAGAAUGAUAUUGGACGCUUGUGCUGAGGCAGGAAGCAGGGUGGGUGGGUGAUGGCAUGGGGCUCGUUCAUGG